UCACCGCCUAGCUGCGCCUGCGCAAGUCAUUGGCGCCAAGAUGGCGAUGGAGAUGAGGCUUCCAGUUGCUCGAAAGCGUCUUAGCGAGAGCCUAGGCCGCGAGUCUAAGAAACACUUGGUGGUGCCGGGGGACACGAUCACUACGGACACUGGUUUCAUGCGAGGCCAUGGAACAUAUAUGGGGGAAGAGAAGCUCAUUGCAUCUGUGGCUGGCUCUGUGGAGAGAGUAAACAAGUUGAUCUGUGUGAAAGCUUUGAAAACAAGAUACAAUGGUGAAGUGGGAGACAUUGUAGUGGGGAGAAUCACAGAGGUUCAACAAAAGAGGUGGAAGGUGGAGACCAACUCCAGGCUGGAUUCAGUCUUGCUUCUCUCGUCCAUGAACCUCCCUGGAGGAGAGCUGAGGAGAAGAUCUGCAGAAGAUGAGCUUGCAAUGAGAGGCUUCUUACAGGAAGGGGACCUUAUCAGUGCUGAGGUCCAGGCAGUGUUCUCCGAUGGAGCUGUCUCUCUGCACACGAGGAGCCUGAAAUAUGGAAAACUAGGUCAGGGUGUUUUGGUCCAGGUUUCUCCCUCCCUGGUGAAACGGCAGAAGACCCACUUCCAUGACUUGCCAUGUGGUGCCUCAGUGAUUCUGGGUAACAACGGCUUCAUAUGGAUCUACCCGACGCCUGAACACAAAGAAGAGGAUGCAGGGGGCUUCAUUGCAAACCUGGAGCCUGUUUCCCUUGCUGAUCGAGAGGUGAUAUCCCGGCUUCGGAACUGCAUCAUCUCGCUGGUAACCCAGAGGAUGAUGCUGUAUGAUACCAGUAUCCUGUAUUGCUAUGAAGCAUCCCUUCCACACCAGAUCAAAGAUAUCUUAAAGCCAGAAAUAAUGGAGGAAAUUGUGAUGGAAACACGCCAGAGGCUUUUAGAACAGGAAGGAUAAGGAGAUACUCCUGGAUAGGACUGGGCAUACCUCACCGGAAUAAAGAAUCCAAUGUGUGGUCCCCAUGUGUGCUCAGUGAAGACCUGAGAAGUCAUCACUUCAUCUGCAUCGACAGUUGUGUGGCUGCUGCCAGCCCACAGACCUGCUUUCUCCUGUCCUAAGACAGCCUGAGUGGAAGGUGAACAGUGCCCCUAGCCCCUGGGGUUGCCAGCUGAUCCCAGCACAAGGGAGUAGUUUCAGGUCUUUCAAAGUGCACAGUGUUCCAGCCAAAUGGACGCCCACCCUGGAAUAAUAUGGGGAAGCCUUUGUCUUCCCCUCACCACCAUUCACAAGGCACAGUGCCCCAGGAAAUUGCCCCAGUAGAAAGCACGGCAUCCCUGGCCUGCAGAUGGUCUGUUUUGGCCUCCAUUCCCACCUCACUCAAAGCACAAGUAUGACAGUGAAGAAUACAGUUGGUACAGUUAGCCCAGCAGUCAAAUGGAAGAAUAAAGUUAACCAAGCAGCCUUUUGCUUGGUAGGAAUCCAGUUUCUCACUGCACAUUCAUUUUAGCAGUAGGUGUAUGUUCACACCAGGCUGCCUUUAUCUGUCCUGCCAUGGAGUGUGACUUGUAAGAAGCUGAAUUAUCAAUAACAGAAUGAAUGUUCUGGGUCCAUGUACUUUUGGAUGCUCUGAUAAAUAAGAGUGAAAACAAAGAAAAUGGAGAUGGGAAAAGCAAGCUGUUUUCCUGCUAUAACUGAAGUAGUAAUGCAUUAACUAUUGAAUAAUUCAGGGUUAAAAGAUAAAAAGAUACUGAAGCUCUCACUGAGGAAUAUUAGAAUUUCUGUGCAUUGCAUUGACUAUCUAAAAGUGGUGCCUUGAUUUAGGUUUUGGGAAACGUUCCUUUUUAAGGGCACUACAUGCAAGUGCUGUUUUAUUUCACAUGUGGCGCACUAUUUUUUGAUAUACAUAAAUGGGUUAACAUCAUUAGUUUCUGUUUUUGGGUUCUAGGAGCUGAGUAUGGUUGAAGGAGGGGUCAGGAGAUAUAAACGCCUGACAGUGCUCAUAACUAUUUGAGUCACCUAGUAAAAUUUAAAGCUAGGACAGUUUCAGUAGUAGUAACUAAACACUGCAUUUGAAGUUGUGAAAAACAAACAUCUUGACUCUUUCAUUAAAUGCUUUUCUUUAUGUAAAUUUAA